AGACAUCAGCUUGGAAAGCUUAUUUUGUCUUGGAGAAAAAGACAUUGAAAAACUGAUUCCAAAAGCAGGACCAAGAGCGAUAUUUGAGAAUUACCUCCAGGCUUUGAAGAAACAUCAGGAAGGAGGAGAUGAUUUGGAACAGAGUCCAAGUACAAGUACAAGUAGUCAAGGAAAAAGAAGGUUUGACUCUCCAAAUAAAUCUAACACUGAGCCAUCACCAGCAAAACGUUCAGCAGCAGAUAGAGUUGAAGGCUACUCUUUUGAAGAGGUGAAAGCGAUAAUGAAUGGAGUUCAAAGGAAACUGAACUCAUCAGAGACUGACUUCACUCAGUUCUUGAGGAGGAAAAUUAAAGACCUGGAGACAGAUAAAAAGGAGCUGGUUGGUGUGUUUGGUAGAAGUGGAGCUGGAAAGAGCUCUUUGAUCAACGCCAUCAUUGGAGAGAAGAAUCUUUUGCCCACUGGAGUUAUUAAAGCAUGUACCUCAGUCAUGAUCAAGAUCGAGUCCAACACGAAAAGCGAAUAUGAGGCCCAGAUUGACUUCAUCACAAAAGAGGAGUGGAUAGAAGAGUGGUGGUCCUACUAUGAGUUUUGCAAAAAUAAAAGUGGUCAUAAAACUCAAGAAGAAGACGAUGAUGACAUUGCUGAGAAGCUGACAGCGGUGUAUGGAGAAGGAUGGGAAGACCUUGAAAACCUGCAGGACGACAAACAUUUCAGAGAAAUUAUAGAAUUUAUUGUGUCAGAGCCAAAGAUCAUCAAACAUAAAACAGCUGAAAAGCUCUCAGAGGAAUGUGAGAAAUUCAUCAAAACUGAGACAAAACAAAGAGAAAAUAAAGGAGUGAAGAAGUGGUAUUGGCCACUGGUGAAGUGUGUGACACUCAGAAUACCAAAUACGGAUCUGCUCCAGGAUGUCACACUUGUAGACCUUCCUGGAAAUGGAGACCGCAACAAGAGCAGAGAUAAACUAUGGAAAGAGAUGGUUGGAAGUUGUUCUACAGUAUGGAUUGUGACUGAAGUGACUCGAGCAGCAUCAGAUAGAGACGCCUGGGAGAUCUUGGAAAAUGCCAGCAGCCUCAUGGGAAAUGGGGGCGAGUGUCAGCAAAUCCACUUCAUCUGCACCAAGUCUGAUUACAUUGAGAACGUUACAGCAGAUGAGUUUGACUGCCAAGUGUUAUUUUUCCCCAAAGGAAUUUCAGGAUACCAACUCAUACUUUUCUUUCUUGAAAGCGCCAACGACAUCAAGGAACAAGUUAAGGACGUUUUCAGGAGAGAUGAGGAGAUCAAUCAACACUUCAGUGAUGGCUGUUUCGAAGUGUUCACAGUGAGCGCCAAAUACUCACUUGAAGGCAAACGUCUACACCCAGAUGUCAACGAAAUGUGGAAACUUCAGAAUGUUUUACGAAAUGUCACUGAUCAUCAGUCAAAGGUUAAACAUUAUGUUUCUGGAGCUCAUGGGAUUCUGUCAUUGAUUGAUGGAGCCAGACGUGGAGGAAUGGCUGAUAAUAAAAAACAAGUACGUCUACAGCUUGGCUUAACCUUAACUGAUGAAUGCAUGAAGAUCAGGAGUUCAAUGGACAAGGCUUUCCUCGAGUUUGAGAAGUGUCUCAAUGACGGGCUUGAAAAAUCCCAAAAGUCAUGUGAAGAAAGGUUGAAAUCUGCCAUCUAUCCAAAAGACAGCGGCAGCGCUUUUCAUAAAACACUCCGGAGUGUUGUUGAGAAAGGCGGCGUUCACAAACCAAAAAAAGGGAAACCAAUAAACCUCAACGAGACGUUAUCUUCAUUACUGACUGAGAGCAUUGAUAAAGAGUUCAGGAAGACCUUCCCAAAUGAAAGGAAAAAGGGAGCAUUCGAUGACGCCAUCAAUAAGUUUUCACUUGGAACAAACGAGCUGACUGAAAAGUACAAAGAUCUGGAACUGCAGCUGAUCUUUCUCAAGACAGAGGAAGAAAAAAUAAAGACCAAAGUGAACACAAACAUUCGAGACCUGAAGAAAACAAUCUACCACAGUCUGACUGAGACCAUUGAGGACAGAAUGAAAGACGCCUAUGACAAUGCAGCACAAAUCAAAGGAACAGACUCACUGAAAAACAUGAGAGACACUCUUGAGGAUUAUGUGACAAUUUCCAAGGCUGAAAUGUUCAGAGAGGCAAAAGACACGAUGCUGGCACUGCUGGAAGAUCUUCAGGAUCAGAGUGUGAUUGAUUUAGAGGAAACCAUGCUGAACUCAGUGGCCCUCUCUCUCCGUACCGACGAUACUUCAAUCCCAGGUAAAGAAAUCAGAUCCAAUUCAAACCUUUUACUUAAAGUACUUAAAACCUUGUGAAUACAUCAUUAACAUGCAUAUUUAUGAUCCUCUGUUAUCUUCUAGAUGUUGCAACUGAGCUUGAAGCAGU